GCCAACAUCCUCUAACACGCACAUGCGGCGAAUCCUAUCAAAACAUCAGGCGAAUGAAGCGAAAGCUGGUGUACUAGCAAAGCAUGGCAGUAAAUGUGGCAGGUGAUAAGAAUGACAAUUACAACUAUAAGAGAAUCCACUCACUUGUGACUGGCAAAAUUUGCAAAGGCAACAAAGUCUCAUCCAAUGUCUGUUCCAUUCCAACAAAGUACCGAACAGUGAUUGUUCCAGAUACUGAGCGCAAAGGGUUUUGUUCUCAGACAAAGAGAUUUCUUUAUGAAAGCAGCCAGAAUGAAAACCCAGGGCCUGGAUCUUAUAAUGUUGUUGAUAGCCCUGUAGAAACUGGCAGUCCCUCUUUGUCAAAAAAAGGUACCAGUAGCUUUGUGUCCAAGUCCAUUCGAGCUGCUUCAAGACGUUUCCGAGUCACUCCUGCUGCCAAUGCUUAUUCACCAACUUUACUCACAAAGAAGAACUUUAGUGUUGGAAACUCAAGUGUGUUUCAGCAGCCAAUUGCAGUUAAACCUGAUACAGUGAAAGACAGCACUCCUGCACCCAAUCAAUAUAACGUUUCUAGUUCUGCCUUGGGGAGUAGCAGCAAUGCAUCAGCGCAGUCAGCUUUCAUGUCAAAAACUCAAAGGAACUUACAGUUGUCUGGAAAUCUGAAGGUGCCUUCUCCAUGCCAUUACAGAGUGAAUGAUUCCCUCACCAAGGAAUCGCCGAAGACUGUCGUUUCUUCCUUUAGGUCAACUACUACACGUAAAUUCCUUGAAGACACUUCACACGUACCAGGACCUGCUGCUUAUAAUCCUUUUGAUUCUCCCAAGCCUGUUCAAAAAAGUACUUUGCAAAAGAGACACUAUCUAUGCAUUUCCGCUCCUGCUAUGAAAAUGCCAAAAACACCACCACUGCCAGGUCCUGGCCAGUAUGAAAUGGUAGACUAUAAUGGUCCACCAAAACAUUAUAUGUCAAGUGCUGUCUUUGUGUCCAACACAAGCCGAUGGGCUGGAGAUAACAAGUGCAAGGAAUUCCCUGGGCCAGGUUUCUAUGAGCCUGAAAAACCAAAAAAACAUUCAUUUCUAUAUAAUAACAAUAAGAAGUGGGUACCCAAUUAACAGAACUGACAACGCUUAAAAUGUUACCCUGUUCUACCUUAAGAUGCCAUGUUGAAACGUACUGUAUUAUCUUUUUAUAAACAUUUUGCAGUGUGCAAUCAAGCAUUAUGUACAGAAUAAAUAAUUA